AUGCCUUUGCGAAUGACCAAAAGUUUUUUGAAUGCUUUUGGUCGAAUUUCUGAAUAUGAUUUUUUGUGGAAGACUGAACAAACAGAAAUUGAAGGGAUUGAGGGAUUUAAGAAUGUACAUUUACGUCGAUGGAUUAAUCAAAAAGAAUUAAUUAAACAUCCAAAAACUCGUCUUUUAUUUGCCCAUGGAGGUUAUAGCAGUUUUCUUGAAGCCGCAAAGGCAGGAAUUCCUAUUUUGCUUGUCCCUCUCUUCGCCGAUCAAGGCAUUAAUGCAAAACGAGCACAACGUUUUGGGAUAUGUGAAAUUCUUGACAAAAAAACUUUAAAUGAUAAAAUUGUUGAAGAAUUACUUCGAAAAAUACUUAAUGAUGAGCGUUAUUAUAGAAAUGCACGCAAACUUUCGGCAAUGCUUGCAGACAACCCCCUUUCUUCCUUUUCAAUGCCUUCCUUAGAAUAUGGUUUAAGGUUGGCAGUAUCAUCAAAACCCGAUUAUUUUUCUCUCAAAUCAGCCCAAAAACUUGGAUUUUUGGAACAUUUUAAUUUUGAUUUAAUAAUUAUUAUUUUUAUUUUAAUUAAUUUUUUGACUUUUUGA